AUGUUGGCAGAUCGAGAAGGCUCUUAUAAACUCCACGUUUUCCAAACCUUCUUCUUCCACAAUGCCAGCUUUGUGGACACUUCAGCCUGGGCCUUCCUAGAAGACAUAAUCAUUGGUAUCCUGCAGAAACAUACCUGGAACUUCAUCUACUUGCACCCAUGGGUCUACGGAGCCCUGCCUGAAGCAGAGUGGGAGAACUUGCAAAAUCUGUUCAGAGUCUACAUUCACAACAUAAUCCUGGCCCUGCAUGGUCACGUCGAGCUGUACCAGGCACCCUAUCCCUUUGUGCUUCAAGGUGCAGCUGGCUGCGACUUGUAUCCCAAUGGCUCCUAUACCAAUUUCUUCCAACUUGCCUACGACGCCCACAACUUCCUCAGCUUUGAUGCGGACAGCAGACUCUGGGAGGAGCAGCAUGAAUAUGAGCUGGCAGGGCAAGUUGAAAGGCAGUUCAACAACCUGACUGGCUUCUCUUCAACCCUGCAGUACCUUCUCAAUAUCACUUGUGUUAACUACAUGAAGAAAUUUAUUGAGUGUGGGACAACAGCUCUGGAGAGACAAGAACUGCCUGUGGCUACAGUCUUUGCCCGCACGCCCAGCCCAGCCCAGCUGCUGCUGGUUUGCCGCGUCACCGGCUUCUACCCACGGCCCAUCAGCGUGGCCUGGCUGCGGGAUGGCCAGGAGGUGCCACCGGGCCCAGCGCUCAGCACCAGCAGCAUCCUGCCCAACGCCGACCUCACCUACCAGCUGCGCAGCAUCCUGGCCGUCACCCCCCGCGACGGGCACAGCUACGCCUGCCGCGUGCGCCAUCGCAGCCUGGGCACCCGCAGCCUCCUCGUCCCCUGGGGCAACACCAAGGUAGCUCUCAGCGUCGGCAUUACCAUCGCAGUGCUGCUGGCUGUUGCUGCAGCCCUUGCUGGGGCCAUCUGGCACUGCAGACGCAGGGGAAGUCUCCUCACCUAGGUGCACCAGCUCCAUUGGCUGCAGGCUGUGGUGGGCAGGGGACAGCUGGCCGGGGCUGCCUCGUCCAGUCUCCCUGACCUCCUUCUCCCUUGGAGGCGCUGAGAGCACAGUGCACACCGCGUCAGGAAGGCACCGGGGACCACAACAGCCACUCACAUCUCCCUGGUAAUAAACCACUGGUUAGCAGCCUCGUGUGUGGUACCGCAU